AUGACUAUCCUUACUCGGGAGGCUAGCAUCAUGCUGGAAAGGCAUACAUACCAAAUCCCUAAUAACAUCAACUGUAUCCUGUCGAGAACUCUUCCGUUCUUCGCCCUGCCGCUCAUCUGGCAUGGUCACCGGUCAGCACUUUAUAACACUACUCUACAACCUUACAUGAAAAAGAAGACGCUCCAACUUUCUUCUAGGCUCUUAUCAUCAUCAUUACCGCGCCCUAGGCGUGGUCCUCAGGACUCUAAACGUACACCAUGGUGGCCCCUUAGAUGGAAUGAUGCCGACUUAAUCGAGACGAAUAUGCAUGAUUUGGGCUUCCAGACGUCGGGUAUCGUUAUAUUCCGUUGCACUUACAAGAGUGACUCUGACUGGGAAGAAUUCUUGUCUCGCUCUCUCCACAAGGUUCGGACGUCACUAGAAUCUUACCAUGGUCUGGAAUUGCUUGAUUCCUUCAGGCCGCCAAUAAUUGACGACAAGACACAGUUCGACGGGGUAACUCCGGACAAUCUACGGGAUCAGUUCAAUAGGUGGUCGGCUACCGCGUGUGAAGCUGAGCAAGGAGUUCCACUUACUGAAUACCGGUGGCAUUCUACGGCACGGUCUGUUCUGGACAUGCCGCUUGAGUCGCUGGAUGAAUGGAAUAACAGUGGAUUCGUGAUUCUUGUUAAUGGUAGGCAUGAGGUGGACCGGGCUAGUAUAGAGGAAUCUGAUGAAAAGAUAGAGGAUGAUGAUUAUGAGCCUUUACAUGGAUGCACGUAUGAAGAUGUUGGCUGGAUGAAGGUGUGCUAUGAUAUGGCUCAGGUAUAUACUUGCGCUCAUUUGGGAGCAAGCUCUUGGUGGGAGGAGGACUAUAGACGGCCUCCUAAGAUUGCCCUUGGAUUGAUGUAA